GUGCUUUAAAUUGUUGUUGGUCUUAAGUGCAUGUGCUUGUUGUAGUUGCUUUUACUUUCUUGUGUUUAUUAUUAUCUGCGACACCGGCGUCAGCUGCGAGUUGCCGCUACAAUUGCCUGUGGGAUUUAAUACAACAAAAACCAACACACACACACACAAAUACAAAAUGGUUCAGGCGCUGGACUAUGAUUGCGAGGUGCAGGGUCAGCAGGAUAUACCGCAGGCCAUACAGCUGCUGGGCGAGAUGAACAGCAAUGUGAAGCAGGUGACGGAUUUGGUUGAGGGCAUGCUGCAGCGCGUGAAGCGCGGCGAGCUGACCACAGAGUAUGGGCUAAGCUUUCUCGAAGUGAAGUAUCACAUGCUGCUCGAUUAUCUUAUUAAUCUGACGUAUGUGGUGCUGCGCAAAUGCUCGGGCGAAACCAUUGAGGGUGAUCCGUCGAUUGAGCGCUUGAUUGAAAUACGCACUGUGCUGGAGAAGAUACGGCCCAUAGACUACAAGCUGCGCUAUCAGAUCGAUAAGCUUGUUAAGACGGCCACCACUGGCGUCUCCAGCAGCACAGAUCCCAUUUUGUAUAAGCCCAAUCCGGAGGAUAUGCUAAGCGCUGCAGGCGCAGAGCAUGCAGAGCAAGAUGACGAUGAUAGCGAUGAACACGAUGAUGAUGAGGAUGAGGAUGAAGCUGCUGGCGCUGCGAAAAAGCCACGCAAAGCAGCUACAGCUGGCAACACAGGCGUCUAUGUGCCGCCACGCAUUAAGCCAGUUUACUAUGAUGGCGAUGAGCGUGAUGCAGACAAGGAGAAGAAGGCCAUGGAGCGUGCCAAGAAGCGCGCCAUAACUACAUCCAUGCUGCAGGACUUGAAGGAAGAGUAUUUGGAUGUGCCCACUGAGCUGUCGUCGGGCUCGCGUGCUCAGCAGCUGCUGUCGCAAACGGCAAAAGAGAAACAGGAAUACGAGGAGACCUACUUGAUGCGUCUGCCCGUAACCAAAGCGGAGAAGCAUCGUCAACGCAAGCUCACUACAUUGGGCACUCUUGGUGAUGAAAUUCUAGGCGAGAUUAGCCGCGAAUCGGCGCUGCGUGGCGAUGGCGCUAGCAAAAAACGCAAGUUGGCCAAAACACGCGGCGGCAAGGGCAAGAAACGUGGCGGCAAAAAGCGAAAGUUCCAUUAAUGCCCAAGCAGCACCAGCAGCAGCAGCAGCUGAUUCCAUUUAGUGGCCAACAUUUUCUACUUUGAUUUUUCAAUUAACUUCCAAUUGUUUUUUUCAAA